AUGGGGAGGAAGAAGGUGGAGAUGAAGCGAAUCGAGAACAAGAGCAGCCGCCAGGUCACAUUCUCCAAGCGGCGGAGCGGUUUGAUAAAGAAGGCCCGCGAGAUCUCCGUUCUCUGCGACCUCCAAGUUGCUCUCGUCGUCUUCUCCCCCCACGGCCGCCUUUACGACUUCUCCGCCGGCGACAGCGUUACAAACAUUCUAAAGCGGUAUCGGAAUCAAAAUGAUGCCAAUGAUGCAGAGAGUAGCAAUGAUGGUCUAACAGGAGUCUCUCCCGCUGCACUAUUGCAAAUUAUCCAGAGGUAUGUUGUUGAAGAUCCAGCUGAUGAUGUACAGUUGACCCUGAACGACCUUGAACAGUUAGAAGAGCAAAUUGAACUGGCUCUAACGCAAAUCAGAGCUAGAAAGAUGCAACUGAUGUUGCAGCCCUUAAAGACCCUUCAGGAACAGGAAAGCAAGCUAAAGGAGGAAAAUGAGCUCCUACAGCAACAGAUUUCGGCAGCCGCGAGCGAUAACAACACUGCCUAUGGCACCAUCAAGGGCUCGGUGCAAGAUGUGGUUCAAGCGGCGACUCUGCAGUUACUUCAUUAG